UGUCAGGAUUACGAUUGGCUGCCAGGAGGCCGGAGGGAGGGCGGGGGAACUCAAGGCCUGCUUGAUACGUCCGCCAUUUUGGGCGCUUCGCUGAUGGUGUCGGUGAGCGCGUUUCCCGCCUGAGCGCAACUAGCGGCGGGUCUUGGGCACCUUCAGGCGAACUUAUUUUAAAUCACAUCCCACUUUAUUCCUGCUAAUCUGCCAAUGUGGUAAAUUGGAAGAUAACGGUCACCAGGAUAACCUGUAAUGGGCAAGGAGCCACAGAGAAGAAAAUAUUUCUUUUAAUUUUUAACCUUGGUUUGAAAGACCAGCAUGUUUUGGAAAUUCGAUCUUCAUUCAUCAUCCCACAUAGACACACUUCUAGAAAGAGAAGAUGUAACACUGAAGGAGUUAAUGGAUGAGGAAGAUGUUUUACAGGAAUGUAAAGCUCAGAACCGCAAACUUAUAGAGUUUCUGUUAAAAGCAGAAUGUCUGGAAGAUUUAGUCUCAUUCAUUAUAGAAGAACCACCUCAAGACAUGGAUGAAAAGAUCAGAUACAAGUAUCCAAAUAUAUCUUGUGAGUUGCUCACUUCUGAUGUCUCCCAGAUGAAUGAUAGAUUGGGGGAAGAUGAAUCCUUGCUAAUGAAAUUAUAUAGCUUCCUCCUAAAUGAUUCCCCUUUGAACCCACUACUUGCCAGUUUCUUCAGCAAGGUGCUAAGUAUUCUUAUCAGCAGAAAACCAGAACAGAUUGUGGAUUUCUUAAAGAAGAAACAUGAUUUUGUAGACCUUAUAAUAAAGCAUAUAGGAACUUCUGCUAUUAUGGAUUUGUUGCUCAGGCUUCUGACAUGUAUUGAGCCUCCACAGCCCAGGCAAGAUGUGCUGAAUUGGUUAAAUGAGGAGAAAAUUAUCCAGAGGCUUGUGGAAAUAGUUCAUCCAUCGCAAGAAGAAGAUCGACAUUCAAAUGCCUCACAGUCACUUUGUGAAAUUGUUCGCCUGAGCAGAGACCAGAUGUUACAAGUUCAGAACAGUACAGAACCAGAUCCUCUGCUAGCCACUCUCGAAAAGCAAGAAAUUAUAGAGCAGCUUCUAUCAAAUAUUUUCCACAAGGAGAAAAAUGAAUCAGCCAUAGUCAGUGCAAUCCAGAUUUUGCUGACUUUACUUGAGACACGACGACCAACAUUUGAAGGCCAUAUAGAGAUAUGCCCACCUGGCAUGAGUCAUUCGGUAUGUUCAGUCAACAAGAGUGUUCUAGAAGCCAUCAGAGGAAGACUUCGAUCUUUUCAUGAACUCCUGCUUGAGCCACCCAAGAAAAGUGUGAUGAAGACUACAUGGGGUGUGUUAGAUCCUCCCGUGGGGAACACUCGGUUGAACGUGAUUAGGUUGAUAUCCAGCCUGCUUCAAACCAAUACCAGCAGUAUAAAUGGGGACCUUAUGGAGCUGAACAGCAUUGGAGUUAUAUUGGACAUGUUCUUUAAAUAUACAUGGAAUAAUUUUUUGCAUACACAAGUGGAAAUUUGUAUUGCACUGAUUCUUGCCAGUCCUUUUGAAAACACAGAAAAUGGCACAAUUACUGAUCAAGACUCUGCUGGUGACAAUAUGUUAUUGAAACAUCUUUUUCAAAAGUGUCAAUUAAUAGAAAGAAUACUUGAAGCCUGGGAAAUGAAUGAGAAGAAACAAGCUGAAGGAGGCAGACGGCAUGGUUACAUGGGACACCUCACAAGGAUAGCGAACUGUAUUGUACACAGCACAGACAAGGGGCCUAAUAGUGCACUGGUGCAGCAGCUUAUCAAAGAUCUUCCCGACGAAGUCAGGGAGCGAUGGGAGACGUUCUGCACAAGCUCCUUAGGAGAAACGAACAAGAGGAACACGGUAGAUCUAGUUACAACCUGCCAUAUUCAUUCAUCCAGUGAUGAUGAAAUUGACUUUAAAGAAACGGGUUUCUCACAGGAUUCCUCUUUGCAGCAAGCCUUUUCUGAUUAUCAGAUGCAACAAAUGACGUCCAAUUUUAUUGACCAGUUUGGCUUCAACGAUGAGAAGUUUGCAGAUCAAGAUGACAUUGGCAAUGUUUCUUUUGAUCGGGUAUCAGACAUCAACUUCACUCUCAACACAAAUGAAAGCGGAAAUAUCGCCUUGUUUGAAGCAUGUUGUAAGGAAAGAAUACAACAGUUUGAUGAUGGUGGUUCCGAUGAGGAGGAUAUCUGGGAGGAAAAGCACAUUGCAUUUACACCAGAAUCCCAAAGAAGAUCCAGCUCGGGAAGUACAGACAGCGAAGAAAGUACAGAUUCUGAAGAAGAAGAUGGAACAAAACAAGACUUGUUUGAAUCUAGUAGUGCCAACACGGAAGAUAAGAUGGAGGUAGACCUUAAUGAACCACCCACUUGGUCAGCCAACUUUGACGUUCCAAUGGAGACCACCCAUGGCACUCCGCUAGACUCAGUGGGGUCUGAUGUAUGGAGCACAGAGGAGCCAAUGCCGACUAAAGAGACGGGUUGGGCUUCUUUUUCAGAGUUUACAUCAUCUCUGAGCACAAAAGAUUCUUUAAGGAGUAAUUCUCCAGUGGAAAUGGAAACCAGCACUGAAGCGGUGGACCCACUGACUCCCAGUGUUGCUGCUUUGGCAGCACAGCCAGAGGCGCCAGGCAGUGUGGCCAUGGAAGCCAGCUCCGAUGGAGAGGAGGAUGCGGAAAGUACAGACAAGGUAACUGAGACAGUGAUGAAUGGCGGCGUGAAGGAAACACUCAGCCUCACUGUAGAUGCCAAGACAGAGACUGCCGUCUUCAAAAGAGUGUUGAAAUCCUACCGUGAGGAAGGAAAACUGUCUACCUCUCAAGAUGCUGCUUGUAAAGAAGUAGAAGAGAGCCCUGAGCCAGCAGAGGCAAAGUCCAUGACCCCCCGGACCCCUAGCAGUAGUCCAGAGCAGAGGACUGACCAGCCAAGUGUGCCAGGCGACACGUCAGUUAAUGGCCCUGUAUGAUGAGUGAUGUCUGCUGCUGCUGACUGAAGACUGCAGACCACCACCACCCAGGGCUCCAGAGGGCCAUCUGGAGCCACCAAGCUAUCACUGCUGCACUCACUCUGCAAGGGAUCAGGACCAGCAACCUUUAUAUUCUAGAUUCUAAGACAUUGUACAGAGAAAUUCAGAAGUGUAAAAAUAUUGCACAUUGACAAAUACCAAGAAUUUUUGCGUAUGUUUAUAUUGUAUUGUUCUAAAUAAUGGGUAGCCUGUGAAAUAAGAUCUUGCCACCCAUGUGAUGAUAGUAGUAAUACUAUAGGUAAAAUGGCUGUAAGAAUAGUUUUAUAAAAGUGAAUACACAGAUCUAUUGUAUUUGAAACAUAACUAUUUGACAAUUAUUAGUGUGACCAAAGUAUUAGGCAGUUUUCAUACAUUUUUCACCUUGUACAAAAUUCUGAAUUCAUUUUUCUUCCAGGUUGGCAAGGAGUUGUAGAAUUGAAAUGCCCUCUAAGUGUUAUUUUGGUUGUUCUAACUUACAAAAGUGAUUUUGAAUAAGAAAUAUUUGGUGUUCUUUUUAUAACCAGUUUUUGAUUGGUAAUUGUUUUCUGUAUUGUUUAAAACGAAUCAAAAUGUAAGUCUAUUGGUAGAGAUUAAGUAUUUAUUGCUACAACUUAGUUGAUAAAUUGAUGUUAAUGUAAAGCCAUAUGUUCUGUUAAAGUCUUGUUUGCUUGAAAUGAUCUUCCUACAGGUGAAACACUAGAAUAUUUGGAGUGUACAUGACUGUGGUUUGGGGUUUUUUGGGGGGUUCUGUUUUUGUUUUUUGUUUUGUUUUGAUAGUUCAUCUGCCUUUUAACCCAUUCACCAAAAUUUACCUUGUUAACAAGCAUCACCAAUGACCAUUUCAAAGCAGUCUGCAUAUUUAACAUACUUAAGUCAUAUUAGGCAAGUCAAUUGAAAAAUGCUCGUGCUGCUAAUGGAAUUAGAGUACGUUCAUUUUACAGGCUAGUAUUUUAAAAGUAGAAAUCAAAAUCUGGCACCUAAGCAUGUUACUUGUUUUACUGUACCUUGUGAGAUUUUCACUCGUAAAUUCUAAACCAGUAUAUCUUUUUUAGAACUGGUUUGUGUAUAUAUAUAGUGAUUAUGGAUACUAAUUCAAUGUAAUUUAUAAUUUUCUAUGUCAAUAUAAAAAAUACAUCACAGCCUUCUCCAACAGCUGAAGCAAUAUAUUGUAUAUUGCCAUAUCGUCUGGUGAAAGGGUUAAAUCACUUCACCUCUUGCACUUUUAGAUGCAAAUCAGUUUUUCAUUUCUGUAAUAGAAGAUUAUUCAUGUAUUUUUACAUCAUUUGUUUUUCCUGACCAGUAUUUAAAACCAAAAGGAUAUUCUGAAAAAUGGCCAACGAGUUUUUUAGAAACAGCAUCCCAAGCAGCGUGCCUAAACAUUACAUUGCAUAUGGAAAUAAAAGAAUCAAAUGUCUAAUGCCUUAUUCCUUAUUUCCCUUUCAUUUUAGAUAGUGUAGAAACUUCCUGCAGCUCCUAAGGUGUACCUAGCACCUCGAGGACAAGGGGUAGCAGGAAGCCUGGACUGGUGGUGAGGGGCUGGUGUGGCCUUCAUGCUGCCUCAGGACCCUCUUCUCUUGGGAGCUCCUCUCAGAAGACACCGCCCUCACGUGUUCUCUGGAACCUGGCGCCACCAGACAGCAGGGCUCCUCUGCUUGUCUCAGGGAUCCCUGGCGCCGGGGGUUGCAGGGCUGCUGACGGACGGUGCGCUGUUGUCUCACUUGCUGGUGAGCUUUGGAGCUGUGGCCAGAGUUUGACGCUAUAGUCUUGUUGCCUGUAAGGUUUAGAUUUGAUUGUCUUUUUCAUCCCAACCAAGGUAACUGGUGUUUUACUUCAUCCCGCCUCCUGCUAGGGAAAGAGCGCUUAGGGUGUUCCUUUGGGGUAGGGUUGUGGUUUGCUGCUCAUAUGUGGUGGGGAACAAAAAGAACUGGCCAGUUGGGGUUAGGGGGCACCAGCCUGCGGACAGUAGCGAUUUCACUCUCCUCAAGUUCCUACUUUCAAUUCUGUGUAUUGGCCAUAUGAAUGCAAGACUAACAGAUGUCUAUAAUACAAUACCUGUAUCUAAACUAAAAAUAAAGCCUGAUUCUGUUUCUAGA